AUGGAACCUAACACCACUGGUACCCCGACACCAACUCCGCCUGUUGUCGUUGCAUUGAUCCAUCCAGACAACAUCCGUAAUUUUCACAGGAUAGCAUCCUCCACGGCAGAGAUCAAGAAGAACAGGAGCAUGCAUGGAUACGUAUGCCGCGAAUGCCACAAAACAUCCUCUGCAGAAAUCAAAGUCCUCCAAUGUGCCAGGGUGAGUGUAGAUGGAUUAAAAGAGCGUGGUACUGCUCAAGGGAGGCCUAAACACAAAUCCAUCUGCGUGGAACUAAAGGCCAGCACCGCGAAACUUAUACCAUCAUUCGUAGCCAAUCCAGCCCUUUAUUUCUACCUGGGAAAGGCGCUCGUUAUGCUCUUUAAAAUUCACGAGAACCCACGGCCAGAUAUUCCGCUCGUGGCAAUGUGCGAGGCAGAACUCCGCAUUGCCGAUCCCGUGCGCGCGGCUCUCAUCGCAUCAGGACAUGUACAGCCCGACCCAGAGGGAAAAGAUGAAGCCAUGUUGCAGAUUCGAUCGCUUCAAAUACUAGACCCCAGGAUAGCAAUGGAGAGAACCCGCAAGAGUAUGUGGAAUACGGCGCGGGAGGGCCUGCGUAGUGAUGGUCGCCCGUCCGUCCAUGUCAUUAUGCUUGAUUUUACCAUCAAGGAUGUGAAAUGGCAAGGGACAACGUACGCCUUCCCGAUCGAAGAACGUGUCGUUGAGGCCGUCAAAUCUGGCGCGAUAUCUGUACGCAAAUCAGUGGUAAAUGGCACUACAGUCCGCCCAUCUAGUGUGCAAACUUGUAUCGAGCCAGCGCACAAAGCAAAUUGCCAAGAUAUGAAUACAGCGACAGCCAAGCUUAUACCCACCCUUGUCGCCAAUGAAUAUUUAUCCGUCACUUUGGCAAUGGCGCUUACACUACUCUACGGACUCCACAGUAGCCCUCGACCAGACUCACAUUUUGUUGCAAAGUGCGAAGCUGAGAUUGUCCCUUCAGAUUUCGCUCGCCACCUCUUUCUUGCGACUAGCCAGGCCAGAGUUGACAACGAGGAAGGUAUGCUUGAGCUAAGUUCCUUGACACCAUUGGACCCAAAAGAAAUGAUGGAAACUACACGGACAACAAUGUGGAAGGGAACAAAGGAUACUCUUCAUAAGCUAGGUCAUCCAGACCAACAUGUGAUUAUCGUCGACUUCAAAAUAAAAGGUGUCAAGCAAGGAACGACAGUCGCCAUUCCAAUCGACAAUGCGAUUCUCAAAACGGUUAGCAUGAAUCUGCCAGCUGUGCGGAAGUCGGCAAUAUCUGGCACUUUGACCUUUCCCCAGAGUGUGGAAAUGUAUCUCGAGUGA